UUAGUGUGGGCCCUUUCUGCGCUCUCUCUCUUUCUCUCCUUCGUUCUGGCUGACACACCACACUGCAGCAGCACACACAAAAAAGCUGAGUUUGCCACAUUUUCCAACAACAGUCUCCCCGGUUUGUUCUUCAUUCGCACAAAACUAGGCCAAUUUUCUUACCAGUUUUGCGACUUGUCGUCGUUUACUUCAAAUCUACGCCGAUUCAACACAUUUUGUCCAUCCUUUCAUCAUGAGCUGGCAAGAUUACGUCGACAAGCAACUCUUGGCUUCGGGUUUCGUCAACCACGCCGCUAUCAUCGGCACCGACGGAUCACUAUGGGCCAAGUCGGCUGCAUUCAAUGUGACACCUUCUGAGCUGACCACCUUCGCCAACAACUACUCGUCACCAGAAUUUUUCCAGGGCAAUGGAAUCACGCUGGCAGGCACCAGGUUCAUCUUCCUCUCUGGCACUGACAGGGUCUUGCGAGCCAAGAAGAACAAGAGUGGCCUUCACUGCAUGAAGACUGAAAAGGCAAUUGUGGUGUCCAUCUACGAGGAACCAACAACCCCCCAGCAGGCUGCCAAUGUAGUCGAAAAGCUGGGUGAAUACCUCAUGGGCCACGGCUACUAGAGAAACAAAGGAAAGGGCCAGCACACAAGGGAGCGGGGAAAAGGCCAGCCAGAAAUGAAAUCCGGACAAAUUUUGGAUGCUUCAGACCAAUCGGGAGAUCAUUCAGCAUCAUCAACGCUUUUCAGUCUUGUUAUAAUUAAUUUCCACUCAGUUUGAUAGAUGGUUACCAAGAGUCCAAGAUUGAUUCUUCUCUUUUCUCUUUAGUGUAAUUUCCUUUAUUUUUUUAUUUUAUUUUGUUACUGUAGAGAACUAGAGUUUGCCCAUUCCUUUGCGUCACUUUCCUAUUCGAAAAAGGAGGGAGUGGGUGCAAAUUUUCUCUGGGGUCGAUAAUUUCUUCUGAUUCGUUGAAAAACGCGAACAAGCCAAGAGUUGGGAAGUUUGAGAAUGUUGGAGGUCCCGAAAUGGCAGUGUCGCUCCUUUUUGUGUUUCAGAUCGUUUUCCACCCAGUCGUAUUCAAAGCAUGUUUUUUUUUGUAUUUUUUUCCUCUAAUGUAACACUAAACAAAUUACUCUCCCAUCCCUCCGUCUUUAUUCUUUUUCUUCAAUUGGCAAUUUGAUAUUUAUUUUCAUUCUCUAUCUUUAAUUUCUGGCAUAUAAGAGCUAAAGCAUAUUAAUGUACUCCUACUUUCUAGUCUGGUCUCCAGCCUCAAAACCGUCUGAGAAAUUAAAUUUUCCAACAAGUCGGAAGAAAAAAUUGCGGAAAAUUAAAACUCCCCGUCUCUCCUAGCUCCUGUCCUUUUUCUCUGUAAUUUUUAAUUUUUUUUUUUUUUCAAUAUUUUUUUUGUCAUGAAAGAAAAUUCGAGCGUCUGGCUUGAUCUAUAAAGCUGUGGUUAUUUCUCUCUCUCGUCCAGCCCAACGAAGAACAAAAGAUACGAAAACCAGUAUGAAACGUCAACUGUAAAAAAAAAAUUGUUUUUCGAAUCGCUGCGAGAUCAUCCAGUGGAAGUUGAAACAGGAUUUCCUUGAAUACGAAUGAUUUAAUACCAUUGGGGUAUCUUUUUUUUGGUGUGCUCAAUACAGGUUCCAGACAGAAUGCGUAACGUGCAUGUUAACUCUUUUAUCAGAAGGGAAGAGGCUAGAAGAA